CCUGACACCACAGGACUGAGGAAGACUCACUGAAUGUUCCAUGUGGCGUCACAGAACUUCAACACAAGACAGAGAACGUGGACAAGCUGUGUGGUCAGAGUAUAUACAGUUUAUAUCUGUAUGUAUAUAUAUGUAUAUCAAAAUGAUGGGUUUACUCUCAGGUGUGAGGGAACUGCACGUGUCUGGCUGGAUAUUGGUCAUCUGGCGCCUUUCGGCUGCAAGCAUCGCAGGCAGUCAGGAUGUAAAGCUGCAGGUCACUCCCCAGGUGGUGUCAAAGUGUGGAGAAAAUGUGACCCUGACGUGCACUGCCAGCUCAUCACGCCAGUUGGAUAUUAAAUUAUUUUCCUGGAACUUCAAAAUUAAACCUGUGUGUCAGUAUGGAGAGAACCGAUCUGACGCUGAGGUUGUGUGUGAAAGCACGGCAGACGCUUCCCAUCACAAUCUCACUCUGACUCUCAUGAACGUGAUGCCGGUCAACGCGGGGAAAUACCUCUGCAAGCUGCAGUCUAAAGUGGGAGCAAAAUAUAACUCAACUGUUGUUGCAAUGCAAGGUUGCCUCGAAAAAAACGCAAUUAACAGCAUUAAUGAGUCUCACGUCGGGUGCUGGUUCACUGGAGUUUAUCCCAGCAGCACCAUCCACUGGUUCUGCGGAGACGUGAACUUAACAGACUCUACCAGCACGAAGGAGGAAGAGGACCAACAUGGCCGCUUCAGUGUUUCGAGUAACAUAAAUGUGCAGAAAGGAAACGCCAGCCUGUCAUAUAAGUGCUCACUGUGGAUGCCCUCUAAGGGGAAGUAUGUCUCCAGCAGACUGUUAAAUAUUCCGAGGAAGAUACAGUCAUCGGGAAGCACCGUCAGACUGCAGUGGAUCUGUGGUGUGGUUUGGAUAAUAUACUUUUUAGUUGGAAAAGCAGAAGUAUGAACAGAUGAUUUCUUGCAUUCGGGCUCUUAAGUCCAUUUGUUUAGUGGUUAAAAUGAACUCUCAUCCUUGAACGGAUGCUAACACUCGUGGCACAGAUCCUUAAAACAAAAAAAGUUCCCAAUUCAAUGGCAGCACAGCGUUCACGGUUUCUUAGCAAUGCAGUCAAACAGGGUGUAGACGUGAUUUAGGAGGUCGUGCUAUUCUGACCUGUAGUGACUUGAGAACGCUAAGAGGACAGAGUACAUUGGCUGAUUCAAAUUCUCUAUAAAAGUAAAGAGACAACUGGUCGCGACUGAUGCACGGCAUAAAUGUACAGACAAACAAUAUUAAAUGUUCACAUGAAAUAAAAGAAUGCACUGGCAAAAUGUGCUUAAUGUAAAACAUGCAUUUCCAUUGCUUUGUUCAUUUAUGAAAAAAGAAAUGUACAGAAAUAUUGUGUAGUGCAGUUUUUUUUAAAUGCCUUUUUAUGUUCUAAUUGUAAUAAAAGUGAUGUUUCCUA